AUGACGUUCCUGUGUUACAUUUGCAAUCAUCUGCAUGUUCUUGGGUUAGAGGUCAGCGUUCCCUUGCCUCCUCGAAAUGUCCACACAGUAUCACGUCAUAUGGCCAAGGAGAGCAACACAUUUAGGGCAGGCACAAGAGACGACGCGACACACUCUUCCUCUGGUAACUGGUCUGCUUCCUCCAGCACCAGGACGUCUGUAGAAUCGGAUCAUCACCGACCAGUUGCAUCUCCUACAUCUUCUCUUGAGCAAGACUCCAUCCAGUCAGAGUCCUUACAAAUCAGAUCAUCUUCUCCUUCAAGCAAUCAGAGAACAAACUCUAGAACAACAGACGACUUGCCCUCAACCUCUUCCCAUGCAAGUGACGGCACUCUAACUCCCACCCAAGACAUUCAAGAUAUUCCAUUUUUAGAUGAUGACACAAGUUCUGCCUAUUCUUGUGAUACAGAAGGCUAUUACACAUCAUUCCAUAUAGAUAGUGGCCUGCGUUCUGUAAGUUACGAAGGGAAUAAACUGGCUAGUGAAAGUGAGUACGAGCUUUUUGGAAAGGGAAGCACUGGCACAACGAACAGUUCAGCAAGCUUGGGCACUGUUGUCAUGAGGAACCCAGAGAAAAAGACCCCUCCUAAGCCCCCACAAAGGGUGAGCUCUUUAGAGAGAAAACAAGAAAAUCGUGAAAGUGUGAUAACAGUAAUACAUGUGAAUGGAUCCACUUCCUCUCGUGAAGAUGUGGCUGGGGAUGUUCCUGACAAGAGUGGGAGUCAGGAUGGUGACAGCAGGAGUUCUCGGGAUGGUGACAGUGGUAGAGAGACCUCCAGUUCUCCCACAGAACCCACAAGUCCUCGACAGCCUAGUCUACCUUCACCAGAGCUUGAAUUCUCUGAGUCAGACCUGGAAGUUGAUAGGCAGGAAAUAUUCCGUGUGAAGACAACCAUAAAUUCAAGUCGUAUCCCUUCCAUGUGUGUUAUAACUCCUCCGCAGAGUGAUGAUGAAAGUGUCAGGUCUGGAAGUGUUCCUCUUUCUCGUGAUAGUUCAGGAUCGCAGCUUGAUAACCAGGGACAGCAAGCACCUGCUCAGGGAUCUCAUGGCACCCUUGCCAGUCAGAGUAGUACUUCUGGUGUUACUGCAAAGCUGCACUCUUUUCACAAUACUGGUGCAAAAGGUGGAGGUGCUACUGGAGGUGGUAGAAGUGUUGUAGAUGAUGGCAGCAGUGAAAAGAAAGACACUCUGUCAAAGUUGCCCCAGUUACCACAUGGCUACACCCCAACACUCACUGUCAUUCCACGAAGUAAGGAUGGGGACAUCAAUGCCCAUCUUAAAGGUAUUAUGCAUACAGCAGCAGUAGCCUCCCCAGCCCGCCCAGACCCUGAACAGCCUGUGUUGAUUAGGCCUUCAUUGGUCAAGCAAGCUGAACGAGAAAAAAGGUUAUCACAAGAGAGUGAUGACAAGCAGAAGGCUGAAUUACAAAAGCAAUUAUCAAAAGAGGAACUGUCAAAAUCUCAAAGUGAGAAAACUCAGACACACAGCUCUGAAUUAGUAUCCUACAAGGAACUUCCUCCUCCAACUACAACUGCUUCACACCCAUUCAGUGCAGUACCCACCAGUGUUAAGCAAAAUGUUGUAAUUACACCAACUAACUCUUUGGAGAGAAGGAAAGUCAAUCCAUCAAAGCCAGGUGCUCGGGUAACGUUGAACUCAGAUGGAAAGGUUGUUUAUUCGUCGGACAGUUUACCACGACGCAAAGGACACUCAUCUUUUGAACCUGGUCCAUACAUCAAACAGGUUGUAAAUACAACACAACCUCAAGCUUCAGGAGGUACCAGUAUUUCUCAAACAAUGACUGUGUCCCACAUGAAGUCUUCUGUUUCUACUGCACCAAGUAGUAUAUUGCACACACCGCUGCCACCACCUCCAACGACUAGCUCUACUACUAUUACAGCACCUCAACCACAUCCAAUGGCGCACAGGCCUCAGCAGCCCCUCCCUACUUCAGCCACACAAUUCACCCCUCAGCCUCAUACUCAAACCCAAACCCAGACCCCAGUGCAAGCCAGUUUGUCUCAGUCCAUAACUUCUAAAGCUCCUUCUUCACAACCUCAGACAGUCCCCUCUUCCCAGACAUUACCCCAUGUAAAAUCACAUGCUGCCCCAGCUGUACAGACUGGUCCAUCUACACAGUCUCUCACAACACCUUUACAAGUAAUAUCAACUCCUCAACCUCAGAUAACAACAGCUACUCAGUCUCACAUGACUCCAUCUGUACAAACAAUUUCCAGCACAGCUUCACACCCUGUUUUACACACCUCCACAGAACAGCAGCAGAUAAAACCAGGCUUGUACCCAAUGCACCCAAAAGGCACUAGUGCUCCUACCACUGUUCCCCUUGCUGUGAGCAUGGCACCUGCACCAUCAUCAUUACAAUCAACAAGUUUGACAGGCCAACAGUCUCGCCCACCUCAGUCACUUCCUCACCAACGACUGCAACAAACAUUACAACAGCCGCAAUCACCAAGUAGUCAAAGACAAGUAGCCUUUGCUUCAAAAACUGAAGAUGAACAGAGUUAUGCAGAGAAGCAUAAACUUGAAAGUGUUGCUGGAAGCUCAAAUAGUAUUUAUGGGACCACCCAGCAGCAACAGCACCUGAAACAGCAGCAGCAGAUAUUUCAAGCACGACAGGAAGCACAGAGGGCAGUUCAACAGCAGCAGUUGCAGCUACAGCAACAGCAGUUACAGCAGCAACAACUACAACAACAACAACUACAACAACAACAAUUACAGCAACAGCAGCUACAGCAACAGCAACUGCAACAACAGCAACUACAGCAGCAGCAGCUACAACAACAGCAACUACAGCAGCAACAGCUACAACAACAACAGUUACAGCAACAACAGUUACAACAACAACAACAGUUGCAGCAGCGGCAGCAACAGCAGCAGUUGCAACAGCAACAUUUACAACAGCAGAUUUAUCAGACAAAGGAAGAAGCUCAGAGACAUUUACAUCAGCAGCAGAUGCUUUUGCAACAACAGCCCUUAUACCAGACUCAGCAAGAGGUAUUCCAGGCACGUCAACAGUUACACCAGCAAACUGCACAAGCACAGCCUGUUAUUACUUCUGCUGGUGUGAUCAUGGCAUCUCAGGGAGCACCCAUGUCUCCUAGAAGUCAACGUGCUGGAGCCUAUGUACAUGUUCAAGGUCAGACGGCUCAGGUGGCAACACCUCCCCCACAGUCCACUCAGGGCAGUCAGUCAUCAGCUAAGAUUCCCCCGCGUCCUCAGAGUGCACAUGGAUACCCACCUGGAGGUACCACCUCCCGGGCACCCACCCCUGUGCAAGGCCCUGUAACCUCCAGUCCUAGGCGUGGGGCCCAACCCAGCACAAUGGCCCUAACUCACCCCCACCUGCGCACAGAUUCAGGUACUCACUUCAGUAGUGCACUGUCACAGGCACCAUGUUUAGAUCAAGAACUUGACCCUUCAACAGAUCGUGUAUUGUUAGCCUUGGCCCAUGCCCGCUUAGCUUCCCAGAAACCUGUAGCUUCUACUCACACUAGUUCAGUGCCAACAACAGAGCAGGUUAAAUAUGGUAAACUAUCAAAUGACUUUGCAUCCAAGGGUAAUUUCAGAUUAGAUCACAUUAAAGUCUCAAACACGGAAAUGGCAAGAUCAAUUCCUAGUCCAUUUCAAAGAAAUAAUAGUUACAAGUUGGCCACUGCCCCUUUGUCAGAAGCUACAAAUAGUUUAUUCCAUCGAGGUGAAGGCCAUGCCAAUAUCAAUUCUGUGCAUUAUGAACUUCCAGUGAUAAACAAUAGUACAAUCCAUGGACCAAGGGCUACUGUUGGAAAUUCUGGUAAUACCUAUAGAAGGCUCAACUUUUCUCUUGAUAGUCAUAAAUAUGCAGGGCAAGGUUUGGGUCGAGGCAAGACUCUGGCACAGAAACGCCCAGUUAGUCCUUUUAGUCCAGGUCAAAUAGUUAACCCCAAUACACUCAGGCGCAGAUUCUAUGGAGCUCAGGUCAUGGUAAAUCCAGCGGUAGUAAAUGAAUUAAAAUCCCCAAAAGCUGCAGGUACAAGUAAGGAGAACAAGGUGAAAGAUGAGGCCAAUAAGAAUGAAAAUAAAUCCAAAUUCAGCCCAGUGUCAAAGUUCAGCUUGAGUGCUGGCACCAGACCAAGGGUUGUUGGGAUUGUGAAAAAGCCUCCAUCUCCAGUAACAGAUACAGAGAUUUGGUUGCAGUAUGUUCUAGUUCUGUCAAAAGCUCUUGUUAGUGCAAUUGGACAAAUUUUGCAAAUAUAUUUUAACUGGAAGUUAGUACACCUUUUGGUGUCUUCAGGUAUGAUGUAUGGGUCACAGCGCAGCCUCCAAAGUGUGGGCUUGGUUGUCGAGGGUCGAGGCGGAAGGGAACAGCAGCCCCCGCGUCCCAUGUCCACCUCACCUCCUCCCUACAACGAUCACCACAAUCUCAUAGACAGUGAUAUAUAUGGCAGGAUUGGGAUGACACGACAUGUACAAGUUGGCCAGACUUUGCCUGCUGGCUUUGGAAGGCACCAAAGGGGCUACAGCUCUCUACCACCUUCCAGGAGGCAAUCUUUCGAUCCACAGAUUGCUCAACAGCAACAGCAGCAGCAGGAACAGCAGCAACAGCAAAAGCAGCAGUUGUCCAGGAGAUCCAGUGUUGCUUCAUACACAGCUGGAAUGGACAGCAGGGGACUAAGAAGGUCAGCUGCCUCCAAUCCCAGCACACCAGAAAAAGUUUUAGACAAGAAGGAUAAAUCUAGCAAAAAAGACAAAGAAAAGGACAAGGAGAAAAAGAAAAAAGAAGACAAGGAGAAAAAGAAAAAAGAAGCUAAAACUGAAAAACCAUUAAAGAAAAAGUGGUUCUGGACAUUGCCCUUAAGAAGAAAGAAGAAGAAUAAGGAGGAGAGUGCUGAUGAUGAUGAUGGAGGAUUCAAAGCAGCUUCACAGAAAGGAGCAAGGAAGCUGGUGCAUGCGGAUGACUCCAGUUUUAUACGCUAUCCUUCUCCUGACACUGGAUCUUCUGAUAUGAACUCCUCAUAUUCUAGUGAAAUGUCCGGAGAUCAUAGUUACCGCAGUAGUCCAUCUGCUGAGGUAUAUUAUUAUAGCCGUAGAGCACAGCAUCAGACUAUACAACAGCAGCAGCAACAGCAGCAGCAACAGCAACAGCAGCAACAGCAGCAGCAACAGCAGCAACAACAGCAGCAGCAACAGCAACAGCUCCAUCAGCAACAUCAGGCUAGUGUGGGUGUGGGACCAAGAUCUCUGCCUACAACACCAGUAUCUCCUCCAGACAGUAGCCAGUCAUCCUUUGUUGCUGUUAAUCCCACAGCCCAGAAUGUAAUGUCUGAGGACACAGAAUUAAAUGCUUGUGAUCUGUCUCGUGGACGGCGCUACAUGAGUCGUGAGGAACUGUAUGCUGCCAUGCGUCACCCUCAGUAUUAUAAUUAUCAUAGAGGUACAAUGGCUGGCCCCACAGGGGAUUUCACCAGCCAGAAUAACACUCCCUCAUCUAGUCGCAGUACUUCUCCUGCUGUAUUUGGAGUGAGCCCUUUGCCAUCAUAUACUGUAAGACCUCAGGCACAAACUACCUAUGGUGCUUGGCCUCCUGACCAACAGGUUCCCCAGCAACAGUCUGGGGUUUCCCACAGAGAGUCACCAUCUCUCUACCAGACCCAACCCAGUGCACAGGAUGAUGAUUCUCCCACAGAAGUGGAGCCUCCUUUACCAUAUCAGAAUUUAUCCGAGGAAGCAUCUAUGAAGUAUGAACCUUCAAAACCCAGUCAGUUUUCUGCAGGUAAAUCUGCAAGUGCACAUCAGAACCAGCAGAUGCAAAUAACACAAGCUCAGCAAAAUCAAUCUCAGCCUCUCUCCUCUACCCCAAAACAAACAACCCGAGUGGAUUUCAAGAAAAUGAUUCUCAACCAGAGUAUGAGUUCUGCUGGGGGAAACCAGAGAAUAUCAGCGGUGGAGAUGUUGAAAGCAUCACGUCCAGGCAUUUAUGGGUACUCCCCACCACCUGCUCCUGUUGUGAAACCACCUCAACCAACACCUGCACCUGUUAGAAGUGAAGGUGUCAUCAUGCCUCCUUCCUCUCGCAACACAGCCCGAGCACUCUUGUUCCAGAGUCGCUUUGGCAGUGGCCGCAGGUUCCGUACCCCAAAAACAGAGAUUAUUAGUACAACGAUUUUAGAGGACCACGGAGGAGAGGAGUUUGAAGAAGAGGAAGAGGAAGAGGAGGAUGAUGAUGAUGAGGAAGAAGAGGAUAGCAGUGUGGGAAGCCCAGAUCGGAGGAAUGUCCAGAGUGUGAGAGGUCCCUUAACUCGGGCUUACAGUGAGCCUUGUAGUUCUCAAGCAGCAGCAUCCUAUUCACCUUCAUCUUCCCCUGUCGAGAAUGUUGAAGAGGUUGCCCACUCGACUCCUAAUACAACCCUUGAUCAACCCCCACAACCGCCAGACGUAUCAAUGAUUACCUCUGACACAACACAAGAGGGUGAACAAUCCCAUGCACAGAAUAAUAAUAAUACAGAGGAAAAGGAAUCAAUGGAAACAGCCCUCUGACAUGAGGCUUAAUCUAGUCGUAAUGGAUGAUAAAUAAUGAUGCUCAAAUAUUUUAUACCUGCUUGUGGGAGACAACAGCCUGUUGACCCUUUUUUUUUCUUGUGCUGGCUGAUGAGCUAUGCUUAUUAUGCUGAUGGUAAUAUGACUAGUACUUAAUAAAUUCUAAUUUUUUUGCUCUAUGACCAUUGUCAUCUUGGCAUGACAUUUUUGUGCUUUGUCUUCAAAAUUCCAGUUUCUGUCAUAAGUUUAGCUUUACAAAAUAUAUAGAAAACUUUCAUGUUGUCAGUCUAAAAAUUAGAUAUUGUCACUUUAGCUGUAUUUUUGAAAGGAAUGCUCUGACAUGUUAAAUGAUUUGCAUUGUACACAACUCACCAAUUGUGCCCUCCCACCCCAUUGGUGUAGUGCCAAUAGACUGGCUGUGGAUGGGCAAUAUUGGUGACAGAAAGUGUAGAACCUAUGAGCAGUUUACCCUCAGACCUCUGCGAGACUGACAUAUUGCCAGCCUUCAAGCAUGCAUGCUCUUAGGGCUUUGGGGUUUUAUAAAUAGGUUCUUGUAUCUGUGUUUCAUAAAUAUAUAUUUUUCUUGUCUGAUGUUCAGUAAACUUGACUUGAUCCAGGCUGUUGUCUUGAUUGAAUGUUGAUGCAUCACUGCAGUCUUCACUUUGUUACUUACAAAUCCAUUUUCAUUCCAGUUUGUUGGUUUCAAAGCUGGAGGUGAUUUGUAAUUUGUAUAUGAUUCAUACUUGUAAGAUUUAAACACAGCUUCACUCAUCAGCUCAUAAAACCAACAGAACUGAUCAUUCUUAUAAAAGAAGUCAGGGAUUUUGACUCUAAAAGCCAAGAUUUUUUUCUUAAUUAUGAAAGACUGAUUAUUGUAGUGUUGAAAUGGAUUUGAAAUUGCUGAUUUUCUCUGGAAUAUAUAACUGGAUUUUAUCUGAAAUGUACUGCUGUCUAUAGUGUAAGUUAUAGUGAAAAGAUUUUGUGUCUUUUGAAAUCUGCUGCACCUUGGUUUCUGCUCAGCUGCCCAAGGAAAUACAAAGGUACUACUCGUCUCAGGGGUACACACAGUCUUGCACAACCAUCUCCUGUUUGUGCAGCAGGCCAAAGUCAUGCAUUAUUCCAUUGAACUUUGGACCAUGUGACCUUCAACCAUAAGCACAAAGUCAUUUAUACAAUCCAGAAAGCACCAGACAUCUCAUGUUUUACCAUAGUAUCAGAUAACCAUUUUACUUGUAGGAUUUAUACAAGGAGGAAGUUGGAUUACAACUGUCAACAGUAUUUUUGCUGCUGUAUCUCAUUUAGAUGGGCAGGUUCAGUGCAUAUGCAGGAAAAUGCAUAGCAGAAAUAUUUUUAUGUAUAUUUAAUUUAUUGGUUUAUAUCCAAUUUUGUAACUGUGAAGGACUUAGUCAAUAUUCUCACUUAGCAGAAUUAUGAUCUCAAAGACUGAAUUUUUAUUUAGGGUAUAUGCUCUCCCUUUAUACUCAUUAAAGUUCCUUAACAUUCCCAAAAGACACAGACUAUUCCAUACUUGCUAAACUAACCAAUUUUAGGUUUUGAAAGCCUAAAGAUUGAACACAUUGUCUGAAUUAGGAAGUGCCUUUUUGUCCCUUGAUCAGUUCAGCCAUGUAUCAUUUGUUGUAGCAAUAACUUAUAUCUUGUAAAUAUUGUAUAUUGAUCAUACAGGCUUAUAGGAUAGGCAACUCCUGUCCCUGUAUUUAGUUUUUUACUGGACUGUAUAAUUAUGCUUUAGCCAUGUUAGACUUACCAUGUAUCCUUUGAAGCUGGUUUCUUAGGAAUGAAACCAAAGUAUUUUCCUGUCUUCAAGAAUUUCAAUAAAUAAGAGCUUGAGAAUGCCAAGCUCUCUGCUCAAACACAGGAUACAUUGAUAAAGACACUUUUGUAAUUAGUGCUUCAUAUUUUAAUUUUAUUUUUCACUGUGUUUUAAUUCCCAGUAUGUUACAAUUUAAGUAAAUAUUCUGUAAAGAAAAAAUAUUGUAAGAUGGUUUUUAUCUCAGGUCAUGAUACCUGACAGUUGUCAGUUAACUACUACUGUACCAAUAAUUUAUGUAAUACUGUAUUUUAAAAUUGAUGCCAAAUUAUAAAAGUAUAAACAGUGAAUAAUAGCAGGAAAACAAACUGUGCUGUUUAUUGCCAUUGCUGAGUCUUCCUUCAUGACAUUUACAGUCUGUGAACAUGACACCAAAGUUGAGCUGCACCUUGGAAGAUCCCUUGCAUAUUCUUCUUGCAAUUGUAUGUUUUUGAGUUUCCAUGGGGGUUAGCAAUAAAGACAUGACCUAAAA